UAGGUUUGAGGAGGAAGAUGAGUGUCGUUGAGCAUCUUCCAUUUGGCGUUAGCUAUGCAAAAAGUUCCCGGGCUCUUUGUAAGGGUUGCCAGCGAACUAUUUCACAGGAUAGUGUCCGUAUGUCAGUGCGAGAACCAAGCCGAUUCUACGAUGGUAUGCAGGAUAACUGGUUCCAUGUUUCGUGCUUCUGGAAAAAGCUCAAGCCCGGGAAGACCAAAAUUAAUGAAAGGUCGAUCAGAGGCAUGGAUAUGCUCAAAUGGGACGAUCAGGAGAAAAUCCGCGAGCAGAUUCAAGCAUUUAUGAGCUACAGCAGUAGUGGUGCGCCGCCUAUGCAGACGACAUUUUCUGUAGUAAAAGUCGAAUAUGCAAAAACAAACAGGUGCAAAUGCAUGAAAUGCAAAGAAGUCAUACCCCAAAAACAGAUCAAAUUUGGUUUGCAUGCUGGCUGGCAUCACCAACAAUGUCUUUUCUCCAACAUCACUUUCGGGGGAUACAUCGAGGAAAUGAACGGAUUUGCCUAUUUGACAGAAGAAGAUCAGGAGAGACUGCUCGUCGAACUGAAAGGCUUCACAGUGCCUUAUCUUGAUGAAAUUGAUGAUGACGAAGAAGAUGAAAGCGGAGUCAAGAAGGAGGGUGAGGGUAAGGAGAAUGACAAAACCGGGAAAAGGCCACCAGAUCCUGCUAACGGUGAUCAGGCCCCCGCAAAGAAACGAAAAAAAUCCGAAGAAAACUCAAACAGGGAGAUGUUGAAGAAACAGUCGAAUCUCCUCUGGGAGUUACGCAGAGAAUUGAACGACAAUCUGACCAAAGCUGAAAUGGUAGAACUUCUGAAAGAAAAUGGGCAGAAGCCUUUGAAAAACGAUAGAAUGUUGGACCAUCUGGUGGACUGCGUAGUCUUUGGAGUGUGUUUGCCUUGUCCGAAGUGUGGUGGCCAACUUUGUUACAGUUCGACUUCGAGAGACUACAGAUGUGACGGGCACAUUUCUGAGUACACGAAGUGUACUCAUCAUAACACCAAUCCUCAACGAAAACCAUUUGUUGUCCCGAAAGAUAUGAAGAAGAAGAAUGAACAUUUGAAGUAUCUUCGAAUGAAUCUUCUGAAGGAGCGAGUGUAUAACGAAGCGAUAGCUAAUGAGAAGGUUGUUGGCCAUUCCGACCAGUUCAAAUAUCUCGGAUCACGUGGAAUGAAGACCAGCGAGAUGAAGGCAGAGGUUGAGGGUAAAAGUCUGGGAGUGGGUUCGGGGAUGUCGCAGCAGUUGGUGAAAGCGGGUACUAUCGUGGAUCAAGAAUGUGAAUACUCGGAUGUUUCUCAUGUGCAUCGAGGAAGAAAUGGAGUUUUGUAUUCGGUAGUUCUUGGCCAUGCUGAUGCUGUGUCUAAUAGAAACUCGUAUUAUAAGCUGCAGCUUCUGAAACACGAUAUCAAACCAAAAUUUUACUUGUUCCGUUCUUGGGGGCGAGUUGGAACACUUGUCGGUGGAUCAAAGACUGAGCUGUUCAAUAAUGAAUUUGAAGCCAUAGAAGCUUUCCAGCAGAUUUUUUUGGAUAAAAGCGGGAAUAAUUGGGAAGACAAGGAUAACUUCAAGAAGCUACCUGGACGCAUGGAUUUGGUGGACACCGAUUUUGCCGUUCUUGAAGAAAAAGUGUCGUCUAUUGUACCAGGAUCUAUCAGCAAGCUCCCAACCUCCAUCAAGGAUAUUCUUGUGAUGAUUUUUGACAUGGAGCAGAUGAAAAAUCAAAUGCUUAGUUUCCAGCUUGACUUGGACAAAAUGCCUUUGGGCAAACUUUCUAGAAAGCAGAUCACGAAUGCCUUUUCAGUGUUGACCGAGCUGCAAACGCUAAUGGACAAGCAGUUUGAUGAUGACAAGGUUCUCGACGCUUCCAAUCGCUUUUACACUCUUAUUCCUCACAACUUUGGCAUGGGCAAGCCACCGCUACUGAAAUCUGUUGAUUUGAUCAAGGAAAAAUGCGCCAUGCUGGAUUCACUUCUAGACAUUCAAAUGGCUUAUGAGGUUAUCAAGGAAGAGGCCAAGGAGGAGAAAGAGGAUGAGGAGCGCGACCCAGUGGAUAUUCAUUAUGAGAGACUCAAGUGUAGCAUGGAAGUUGUGGAACACGGUUCGACAGAGUUUGAAACAGUCAAGACAUACAUGAAAAACACUCAUGGGGCGACACACACUAUGUUUGAACUCGAGAUAGUUGAUAUCAUCCGAUUGGACCGCGAUGGCGAAAGAGAUAGGUUCACAAGAGAUCUUGGGAACCGAAUGCUUUUAUGGCAUGGUUCUUCCACGAUGAACUAUGGGGGAAUCCUCUCACAGGGACUCCGCAUUGCACCUCCAGAGGCACCAGCGACUGGUUACAUGUUUGGCAAAGGUAUUUACUUUGCUGAUAUGGCGUCAAAAGCGGCCAAUUACUGUAAGGUACUUACGGAUAACACCGACGGAUUAUUGUUACUCUGUGAUGUCGCGCUUGGUAAAGUCAAGCCCGAGCUCAAUGCUAAAGAUUACACUUUGAAAAAGCUCAAAGGUUUCAACAGUGUCCAAGGUCUUGGAAAGACCGAACCGAAUCCCAGUGAACGCAUCAAGUCUGAAGAAGGCUAUGAUAUCCCGCUUGGAAAACCAGUGGAGGCUCAUCAAGACAAGAAUUGUUCGCUCCUCUAUAACGAGUACAUUGUUUACGAUACAAAUCAGGUGAAGAUGAAAUAUCUUAAAAGUUCACCGUUCAUGGGACAGGACACCUCGGAAGGCAGAAGUCUACCAUUUGGAGUGGAAUAUGCCCGUUCGUCGAGAUCCACGUGCAAGGGUUGUAAGCAUCCUAUACAACAGGAUACCCUGAGGAUGUCGGUUCGUGAGCCGAGCAGAUUUUUCGAUGGAUUACAGGAUAACUGGUUUCACUUCGCUUGCUUCUGGAAAAGGAUCGCAUCAGGCAAAGCAAGUAUAAACGAAAAAUCGAUAAGGGGCGUCGAUUCCAUAAAGUGGGACGACCAGGAAAAGAUUCGCGAAAAAAUAGCCGAGAUAGCGAAUAUCGAAGCCAACAUCAACUCGUUCUCUGCAAUAACGGUAGAGUAUGCAAAAUCGAGUAGGGGCAAAUGCACGAAGUGCAAGGUCAAAAUCGAAAAGAAAGAAAUACGGUUUUCCAAUUCAACUACGUGGUAUCAUCAAGCUUGUUUCUUUGGUGAGCAGAAGUAUGAGGGAAAAGUUACUGACAUCAAUGGCUUCCUCAAUCUUAGCGCUGAAGAUCAGUCCACUUUAGAGAAGGCUUUAGAGGAGUUUCGAAAAAUAGAAGAAAAGCCCAUCGUGGAAUCCCUAAACGACAAGAAGGGAAAAUCAAGGAAACGUGGUGCUGAUAGCAAAGAUGACAGCAUGGAGAGUACAGCCAAAAAACGGCGCGAGGACAAUGGCGACAACACUACCAAGGAGGCUCUGAAAAAACAAGCUGAAGUAAUGUGGAACAUGCGGGAAGGCCUGCAGCGGAAUAUCUCGAGAUACGAAAUGCAGGAGCUGCUUUCUUCGAACAAUCAGAGAGUCCCUACAGGCGAGAAGAAUAUACUGGACCAUCUCGUUGAUUGCGCAGUCUUUGGCAGUCUCGCCCCAUGUCCGAAAUGUAAUGGUAAUCUCAAAUUCAACUCAUCGCUGAGGCUUUACGAGUGCGAUGGACGGCUUUCGGAGUACACAAGGUGUACUUACAAAAACGAGAAUCCAUCUCGGAAGAAGUUUGUAAUUUCGAAGGAAUUCAAAGACAACAAUGACUAUCUCAAGAAACUCAAAGUCAAUCUUCUUCCACAGCGCAUAUAUAACGAAGCGUUGGCCGACGAAGUUGUAGUAGAGCAUGCUAAUGCUUUCAAGCAUCUGGGAUCUCGUGGGGACAAAGAAAAGGAAGAAGAUAAGCCCACACUCAUAGCAAAAGAUGGUGCCGUUGUUGAUCCAAAGUGCGAAUUCGCCGAGACUUCUCAUGUUUACCGAACAAAAAAAGGGAUACUGUAUUCUGCAGUCCUUAGCUAUGUUGACACAUUAUCCAACAGGAACUCCUACUACAAAAUUCAAUUGCUUGAGCAUGAUAGCCAACCUAUCUAUUACCUGUUUCGAUCUUGGGGACGGGUUGGUACAACUGUGGGAGGCACAAAAACUGAGACAAUAAUCAACAAUAAAAAGAGCGCGGAGGAUGCGUUCGAGAGGCUAUUUAUGGAGAAGACGGGAAAUAGCUGGCGAAACAAAGAUAAGUUUGAAAAAAUGCCAGGCCUUAUGGACCUCAUAGAAACGGAUUUUUCUGAAGUGGAAGCUGUAAAAACAUCCACUAUCGUGCUUGGAUCUAAAACCAAACUUGAUCGUGCAAUUAAGGACAUCAUAUUCAUGAUAUUCGAUGUGCAGCGUAUGAAACAAACAAUGAUAUCACUUCAGCUCGAUCUUGACAAGAUGCCACUGGGGAAGCUCUCGAAAAAGCAGAUCAUGAACGCCUAUUCUGUGCUAACAGAACUGCAACAAAUGAUGUCGGAGGAAACCGAUCCGGACAAAAUUCUCGAUGCCUCGAAUCGGUUCUACACGCUAAUUCCACACAGCUUUGAGAUACAAAUCGCCUACGAAGUGAUAAAUAAACAAGCAGGGGAAGACGACGAGCGUGAUCCUAUAGACAUCAACUACGAAAAACUCAAAUGCAAAAUGGAGGUUGUGAGGAAAAAUUCUGCGGAGUACAAAAUGGUACUUUCUUAUCUGCGCAAUACCCAUGGUACGACGCACAACUGGUACUCCUUGGAACUUGUCGACCUAAUUCGACUCGAAAGAGAAGGAGAAAAAGAAAAAUUCAAGGCCGAUAUCGGUAAUCGCCGUUUACUCUGGCAUGGUUCGAUGACCACAAACUUUGGAGGAAUUCUGUCGCAAGGACUGCGUAUUGCCCCUCCAGAAGCGCCCGUGAGCGGCUAUAUGUUUGGCAAGGGCGUAUAUUUUGCGGACAUGGCAUCAAAAUCUGCCAACUACUGCAGGGUGAGCACGGGCGAAGACGGCUUGAUGCUUCUGUGCGACGUUGCCCUGGGUAAGAUCAAGCCGGAGAAACAUGCGCAAAUGCAUAGUCUGGAGACAAUCAAAGGAUACAACAGUGUUCAAGGUAUUGGAGCUACUGAGCCAGAUCCCCGCGACAAGAUUGAACUGGAGGAUGGGUGCGUUAUUGUCAGAGGAAAGCCGGUUGAUGCUCCCAAAAAAUCCACUCUUGAUCUGAUUUAUAACGAAUUUAUUGUUUACGAUGUCGAUCAAAUACGAAUGCGUUACUUGCUCCGAUUACGCUUUAAAAGUCCUCAUUAGUAUGUCUACUCGGAUUUCGUUCAUCCAGCUUCCACAAAUCAGAAUACGCUGCAUACUCAUAUCAAACCCAAAGUGAUAAUUAUGCUCGCAUUGCUGAUGCUUCUUGACUACAGUUGGUGGAAACUGUUUUAUAUAAUAUGCUUAGUGUAGU